UCAACAUCAAACUCUCGAAUCAAAGUCAGCUUCUUCGAGAAUGAAAUUGGAAUUUUAAAGUCCAACUUUUAAAAUUUAUCUUUCUGCUUUCACAGAGACGACGAGAGAAACAAUGGCGGAGUCUGCGAUCCGAACCAUCGUCGAAUCAAUUCACUCAUCGCCGACGCAAGCCGUCGUGUAUCUCUCCGGCGGUGCCUCUCAGUCUUUAGGUUGGUUAAUGUCAGUUCCUGGAGCUUCGAACACACUUCUCGAAGCCGUGGUUCCGUAUUCCAUGAUCUCUAUGGUUCAAUUACUCGGCAGGGUUUAUUCUCAAAACCUCCAAUCUAAUGAUCAAAUCGUUUCUCUUUCCCGACUAUAACCAGAUUUUAUCAUCCUCUUAGGUUCCGAACCAACACUGUAGCCAAUCAAUGGCGAAUGAAAUGGCUUUGUUAGCUUAUAAUCGUGCUCUUAAGCUUUCUAAGCCAGGUUUUUUAACUUUACCAUUUCCUUCUUUAACAUUGUUGUGUUGCUUAGUAACGUUUUGUUAGUUGAUUUCAAUGGUGAGAGUGGUGGUUUUAACUUUCAUAUCAUGCUUUACUCGGGUAUGUACGGGAUUAGACAUAGAGAUCUUGGUUAUAACUUGCUAAUUUGGUGGAAAGGAUGUGCGGUUCUUGGUGUUGGUUUUACUGGAACGUUAGCAACUUCUCGUCCAAAGCGUGGGGAUCAUAGGUUAUAUGUCAUGUUCUGAAGAAAUACAAUCAUAGCAAGGGAUUUAGAUUUUAUAUUAUACUCAUAUAACUCUGUUUGUUAUGAUGAGUAGGUUCUUUUUGUCGAUAAGAGCUUCCAACCGGAUAUGGGAAACUUCAGUUACUCUAACAAAGGGAAAACGAAGCCGAGAGGAAGAAGAUAAAGUGGCAAGCUCUGUACUGAUUCAGGCUAUGGCUAAGGCAUGCCAAGUUUCUGAGACACUUGACUCUGGCUUGACUGAUUCUGAGGUGCUUAAUGAGUCUGUAAUCCAGUUUAGUGAAGAAGAAGAACUAGAACAGCUUAUAGAUGGACAAAUAUGCUCUAAGAUCUAUCCAUUUUCUAAAGAAUCAUACGGGUCGGAUAAAGAUAGAAAGAUUAUACUGCCUGGUUCUUUUAACCCAUUACAUGACGGUGAUCUCAAGCUGUUGGAAGCUGCUAUGAGUGUUUCUGAGGAAGGAGGGUAUCCAUGUUUUGAAAUAUCUGCACUGAAUGCAGACAAACCAUCGCUUACAGUUACAGAGAUUAAAGAUCGUGUCAAACAAUUUGAAGUACUUGAAAAGACGGUAAUAGUUUCAAAUCAGCCUUUCUUCUACAAGAAAGCUGAACUCUUCCCAGGAAGCAGUUUUGUAAUUGGUGCUGAUACUGCAGCAAGGAUUGUUAAUCCAAAGUACUAUGAAGGAAGCCACAAAAGGAUGUUGGAGGUACUAGGUGAUUGCAAACGAACAGGUUGCAAGUUCCUUGUUGGUGGCCGUAAUGUAGAUAGUGUAUUCAAGGUUCUUGACGAUCAUGAGAUUCCAAAGGAAAUAAGUACAAUGUUUACCUCAAUUUCAGCAGAUACAUUCCGUAUGGAUAUAUCCUCUACAGAGCUAAGAAAGAACCAAGGAGGUGUUAUUUCAUAAUGCAGAAGCUUGGAAAAAGAAUAUUGGCUUUUGUUCUUGAAAAAAAUAAAAUAAUAAGAAGCAAAGUUGUAGAUGAUGUUUUCAUCAACUGUUAUUAAUAUGGACUGAAAAUAGAGGCCCAAUUAAUAAAGGCCCGUUGGAAAACCUAAGACACGUGUCGUUAAAGGUUCAACUUUAUAUAUAUAUAUAUAUAUAUUGUAUAGAUUUUAG